GCCCGGUGCGAGUUGGGAAGACACGCCCAAGAUGGCGGCAGGAUUGAAAAGUUGCGCCCGGAGGAGAGUGCUGUGAGCGGCUGGCCGGUGGGUGGGUGGGUAGGUAGGUAACCGACCGACCAUCUGUCUGUCCGCCCUACGUUGGGGAGCGGCCGACCGACCGGCUGGCUGGCGGCUGCUGUCGCCCGCUUUCGCAGCCGCGUGUUGAGGCAUCCGUCGGCUGUCGUUGCAGUAAUGUCAUUGUGGGCAGGAGUCGAGGGGUCUGUCGCUGUCGUUGCCCGGGUUGCGAGGAGUUGUCGCUAGAGAUGGAGGAUGAUGCGAAGAAAGGUAAAAAGCCUGGAAUCGUGUCACCAUUUAAGCGGGUAUUCCUGAAAGGAGAGAAAGGGCGUGAUAAGAAGGCACAAGAAAAGGUCACUGAGCGAAGACCCUUGCAUACAGUUACACUGGCCUUGCCAGAUCAUAGAGUUGACCCAGAGAUUCUGUUGAAUGAUUACAUUGAAAAGGAAGUAAAGUAUUUGGGACAGCUCACAUCAGUGCCUGGGUAUCUGAAUCCAUCCAGUCGAACGGAAAUAUUGCACUUGUUAGAUAAUGCAAGGAGGGCACAUCAAAUCCCAGGACCACUAACACAAGAACAAGAUGCAGUAAUUACUGUGUCUGCAUACAAUAUUAAAUUGGUAUGGCGGGAUGGAGAAGAUAUCAUCCUUAGAGUUCCAAUCCAUGAUAUUGCAGCAGUCUCUUAUAUUCGAGAUGAUUCCCUUCAUCUGGUUAUUUUUAAAACUGCCAGCGACUCCGGAAAUUCAACCAAUCAGAGCACUGAAGGUUUCACUAAAAUACAAACAUCAGAAACUAGAGCUGGAACCAUGGAAGCAUGUAGUCUAAUCAUUGUUGUCGUAGAGAACAAAGCAGCUGCCGAAGAACUCUGUUCUCUUCUUAGUCAAGUCUUCCAAGUUGUUUACACAGAGUCCACAAUAGACUUUUUGGAUAGAGCAAUAUUCGAUGGUGCUUCUACGCCAACUAAGCCCAUGUCCAUAUACAGUGAUGAUUCAAGUAAAGCAGAUGUUAAAGAGCCGUAUGAUGCAGAAAUUAGUAAUUUGUCUUUUCAGGGAUCUGAUACUGGAGGAAAUUCACCAUCUUCAACUCUACCAUCUCCUCAGAUAAAAAAUGUCAGUGAAAGUGAACUGAGCGCUUCUGCAGCUGAACUCCUGCAGGAUUAUAUGAUGACAUUGAGAACAAAGCUGACUUCUGAAGAAAUCCAAAAGUUUGCUAUGCUUCUGCAUGAAUAUCGAAAUGGUGCUUCAAUUCAUGAAUUUUGCAUCAGUCUUCGACAAUUGUAUGGUGAUGGUAGAAAAUUUCUAUUACUUGGACUCCGACCUUUCAUUCCAGAAAAAGACAGCUUACACUUUGAAAACUUUCUAGAAACCAUUGGUGUCAAGGAUGGCCGGGGCAUUAUUACAGACAGUUUUGGCCGAUGCAGAAGGACUUUAAGUAAUGCAUCCAAUUCAACCACCAAUGGGAAUGGAGCAACUGCAGGCUCAGAUGAUCAGUCAGUGCCUUCAGAAGGUGAUGAGUGGGACAAAAUGAUCUCCGACAUCAGCCAUGAUAUUGAGGCCCUUGGUUGCAGUAUGGAUCAUGAUUCAUCUUGAAAAAUGAAAUAUUUGCACAUCCUGUUAAUGGCCUUCAAGACUUCUUUCUUAUACAGAUGUGUUCUUUCAUGAAGUUUACUACAAUGUGAAUAUUUAAAUGAAUUGUUAAAACAUUUCUACAAAAUGAAGAACAUGAAAUCAUGCCAUAUAACUUUUUUUAUUGUAGAUAAUAUUGCGUAUUUGUAUUCAAACCUUUUUGUAACAGUAGUUGUUAGGCUUGAUUGUUCCACUAGUGGACAAGACUUUCCUGGUCCUAUCACAUGGUUUUGUAUCCCAUCUGCACAAGGUUACAUAGUACAGUAUACUGUGAUGUCAGGGAUGAUUUAAUACCAUUCUGGACAGAAUUUCAGUUUUUCUCCUGUCACUCCAACAAUUUGAAUGUCCCUACUCUGUAGCAUAUAUGCAGCUUGAUAGAUGCUCCCUGUGUCAGCAUUUAAACUGUACACUUCAUCUGCAUAUGGCUGCACAUAAAACGUAACUAUAAAUUUGUCUGAAUGUGACCAAAAUAGGUAAUGUAUUAUUUGUUUGGGGAAGAUGCAGGAGAGUUGGCAUACUAUUAAGGGAAAAAUAAUUUGUACUUGCACACUGCUGCAAUGCAUUAUCAUUAGUUCAUAUGACUUUUUAAAAAUCUUCAAUUAGCUAAUUUUUAUUUGGGAGAUGCCAGGAUGUUGCAGUAGACUUGGCAUUCUACUGCUAGCCAGGUGCUUUAAGAAUUUCUGCAAAAGUGUAUUUUCCUUCAAUAUCAAUAUUUAUCUCCCAGUUUUUUAAAAAGGAAAUUGUUAUUGUGAUAUUACAUUAGAAUUCAUUUUCUUCAACACAAAGGGUUACUGUUGUAGUGAAAUAAAUAAUAGGGUGCACCACAGUGGUGUGUCUGCAUAUUGAUACUUUUUUAAACUGUCCUGUAUAUUUAUGCACACCCAAUGCAAAUAUUUUUCAAAGUCAAAAUGACAUUCUAAAAAAGACUAUUCAAUCAUGACCCAUUUAAUUGAAUAUUUUUGCUGUUACAUGCUGCUUUGUUGUCAUCUAUGGAAAACUGAAGUGAAGAAUAAAUUUGUCAUGAAACUACAGCAAAUAGUAACUUUAAAACUUGGAUAAUUGUCCUUUUGGGUGCUGUAUAUAGACUGCAUAUGAAUGAUGCCUUCACCCAUUUUAAUUCUACAAAUUUAUUUAUUGGAAUCCUCCAGGAUUUUAUACCAUUGCAUGUAUUGUAUUGUUAUUUGUAUGUGACAAUGUGCAGUGGACAGACUGUGUGAAAUUUUUGUGUAGCAUGUAAUCCUAGUAAACCUCAAUCUGAAUUAAUGGGUUUUACAAGUAAAACCAGUAUAAUGGUCCUUGGAGCCACUUGCUUUCUUGUAAGGACUGGAUGUGGAUGUUUCAAUAGCCCAUCUAUUGUUUUGGCAUGAAGUCAUUUAGUAGUAUUUUAAUUGUAUUCUUGAGUUGUAAGCUCAAUUGCAAUAUGCUACUAUAUCAGUAUAAUUGUUUUUGGAGUUAUUGGCCUAUAAUUAAUGUUAUGUUUAACAUUUUGAGUUCAAUGCCAGUGACAUUGGUUCUGGUAAACUGCAUUGUUGGUUCCCAGUCUAGAUGUUAAACAUUAAUUGCAUAUACCCAAGAUAGUGGAUGUCUGUGUGUGUGUGGUGGGGGGGGGGGUGGGGGUACAGUAUAAUUGCAGCAAUCACCUUCUGUUAAAUUUUGCAAAGGAUUUGGGGAAGUACAGCCAUGUCUUAGUGAAAAACAUCAAAUAUAGGGAAAUGUAGGGAAUGUUGAGGGAUGUGAUAGGAGUAAUCAAGCACAUAGCCCACUCUAAGAAUAUUAGAAUUCAUUUUUGUCCUCAUCAAAUGACAUUGAGAUACUACUUUGGCUAUUUGUUCUACUACAUUGAGGUUGAAAUCACUUGUAAUCUUAAAUUUGCACAAUACUUGCCAAAUUGGCAGAAUUUUGCAGCAAGGCCUGAUCUAAUACCUUCUGACAAGUAAGCAGCCAAAUUAUCUCGUAGAUACAUUAUUGCAGCCUGUAAAAAUGUAUUGAAUUAUUGGCAGCAGCAUUGGAGGUUUGCGUUUUCAAUCAAAAAUAGGUAGAAAUUCCAAAAUGCCAGUUCUGAGGAGUUGACCCAUCAUUUGCUAUCACAAAAUCUGGCCAUUUAUGUAUAAGAACUGUACUUAAAAAGUUACGGUCUUUUAUACAUUAUGUUUAAAUUUUAAGCUUGAUAAGGCACUAAAAAAAUCCCAUGUAGUUUUAUGAAGUUUUAGCCAUUGUUUUCAAUCUGUAGACUGAGCUAUGAUAGAGGGAAUGAUUGGCCAUCUGACUGAAUGGUGCUGCAAUCUGCUAUUAGUUAAUGGAUCAAACAUUCGGUCUAUUUGUGCACUGUCAGCUGAAUUGUCUGAUCGUACUGAAAUUUAAAGUUAAGUUCAGGAUUCUAACCCAGAUAAGUAUCAUGGAAAUGCAGUAUAAUAGCAUGCACCAAAACCUCCUUUCUGUAGUCACUCAUGGUAUUUGUAUUAUAGCUUUAUCAUACAUCUACUUCCAUGCCAGUUUUAGUCCUUUUGCAUGGGCUACAGUAAUUCACUUGCUUUCUUUUAUUUUUCCAGCAAACAUCUGCUAUAUAUGUCCUGAUUCAAUUGAUUGGUGGGUAAGGAAGAAAUAGAAGCCAUGUCACAAAUUUUUGUUUUGAAAUAUGCGCUACAAAGCGAUGCUUUACAUCUAAUUUUACUCUUUACCAGUUGGAAAUGGAACCACUGUAGAGAAGUAUGAUGACUUGGCAACUGAAGUUGAGUUUUCUUGAUGUUUCCAAGAUUAGCAGUAUUAUAGUUGCAGUCAUUGCAAGUAUGUCCUUUGGAAGACACCAGAAAUGAACUGUGUUUUGCGGUUGUUUUGAGAUGUACACUUUGGUCAGUGAUACCUACAAAUGUGUCCGAAUUCAAACUUGUAUUUCCUACACACUUAGCUGCAACAUCCAUUAUUCACUUAGCACAAUAUUCUGGUAAAAAAAAUAAUUAUCUGACCAUGAAGAGCAUAAUUCUUUUCAGCGUAUAGCAAUGCUAUAUUCUAGAUUAGGUCAAAUGCAUAUUUAUUUUGGGGUCUAUUUAUGUCAAAUUAUUUUAAUAAAUUUUGCAUCUUUGCAGUAUUCCUGUAUAGGAAUUAUUUCAGCUGCAUAUUUUGCCUUUUAUUAAAACAUUUUUAAUCCAUGUUAACGUUGCUCCAUUUAAAAGAAGAAUUCUUACUUCUUAGUUUUCUGUCUCAUGAUUUAGUUUGUGUUAAUGGUCAGUAUUGAUGUGUACUGUACAUCCGUAGCAUAGUUUUUGGUGUGAUGUUUUUGCAGUAAUUGCUUUACAUUUCAGUUCAGAUAUUAAUUGCACACAUUCACAACUGAGAUGAAGGUUGUCAUAAAUCAAAUAUAUCAUGUACACUGACAAAGAUUAAAAAGAUUUCACUUUGCAAUUUGUGAUAUGCAAUUUUAUGAGAAUAGUUAUUCUGCAUCUAAGCUGUCCAAAAAAUAUCUGCAGCUAAACAAAGUCCAUCAUGACAGUUGGAUAAAUUGUCUUAACUCCAUUCCCGGUUUCCAAAUGAAGAUAUUUCUAUGCAAACAAGUUGUGGCCCCUCCUAUACCUGUUUCUUUUUUCAUGGAAUGCAUGGAACAUUUGGCCUCAGUCCUGCUCUAAUUCUUAUGUUUUCAAAUACAUUAUCUGUGCUACUACUUUCUGGCUAGAGCAUACACAUUGACUAGCUUCAAAUAUCUUCAGCUUCUUAAGACCAAUUUUCAACUUCUGGCUUCUCUGGCAUUAUCAUAUUGUCAGCAAUAUUUAUAGCGGUCUUUGAAGUGGUUUCUACUGUGAUUAGCCAAGGAUUCCCUUCAAUUGAUGAGGCAUUCAACUGUUCCUCCUGGAUGCUCACUGCUUUCCUUGUGUCACGUUACUAAUGGUAUGCUUGUCUUCACAUUAUAUUUAUUUUGGUUUGUGUAACACUAACAUUAAACCUUCACUCACCCCUUCUCAAUAUUGAAGGGCCUGUGCUCUGAUCACCCAAUACCCACCCACCUUCCCAUUGCAAGAGCAGGAAAUGCAUGUCCAGCCUUUUGAAUGAAUGUUCAUAAUGCAGGCAUACUGUAGCUCUGAGCUGUCAAUUGAAAAUUAUUUUGUUUCACCCACAUCCUAGUCUGAUGUGUCCUUUCUCUGUCACUUGAUGAAAACUGAGUAGAUGUUUUUGGAACAGGUUUUCAUCUUUACUGUUAUUCAAGAUCUGCAGAAUAUAUUCAAAGUAAAUUUAUUAUCAAAAUACAUGUAUGUCACUGUAUGCAAUCCUGAUAUUCAUUUCCUUGUAGGAAUACACAGUAAAUACAAGAAACAAUAGAAUCGAUGAAAGACCGCAAGCAACAGGACGGACAAUAGCUAUGUAUGUAAAAAAAAACAGUGCAAAUAAAAAAGAAAAAUAAAGAAAUAAUAAAUAAAUAAGCAAUAAAUAUGGUAAACAUGAGAUGAAGAAUCCUUGAAAGUGAAUUAAUAGGAUGUAAUUUAAAUUUCGAUCAACCAUUAGUCCAAGUUUUUUUGGGUGGUAGCUGCUGGUAACGAUUUUGCAUUAAUGUUUUCGACCAACGAUCUUUCAUUUAUGUGGAUGUUUCUUGAUUUUAGUGUUUCUAGUAUUUUAUCCAGACGGAUCUUUUACUUAUUCCAUUACCUUUGCCUUGCUCCUCUUUGACAAAUUAA